CCUUUUGUAAAAAGCAGAAAGAUGUACAUUUCUAGGAGUAGUAAUAUCCAAAGAGCGAUUUGUAUUACAAUCACAAGUUUUUGUUGCUAUCACAUCUGUACUCAUGGCAGCCAUCGAUACAAAAGAUUUGGUUCCUAAUUUUUAUUCAAAAAGCGUUAUCAAAGUUAAAUUAUUAAUCAUUGAUCCAUUGACCCCGAUGCCCUUGCGUCCACACUUGCGUUUUUUAAAUUUUCAGACAUUUUUUACUUGACUUCUUAUGAUUUGAGGUUAUAAAUUACACAGAUAAAUUAUGAAGUUUGCUUAAAAAACAAACAAGUAAAAGGGCUAGUACUUCUUUUAUUGUUUCUGAACUAAAUGGUCUAAACAUAAAAAGACAUGCAACCAACAUGUUAAAGACUGUAGUAGUAGAGAAGAGAGAAGAUAUCAGAAAGAUAAUAAACAUGUAACAAACAAAACAACCACAAAAUAAUGACCACAUAGACAUUUUUGAAUUAUUAAACUUAAAAAAUAGAAUGAAUCAAAUUUGUUGAUAUCUUGUAAUCUUUAUCUAUUUACGUUAUCUGGGACUCAUCAAUGAUGUCGUCAGCAACAAUGCCCCUUCUGGAGGAUACUGUUGCCUUCGGCGAAGAUGAAAGUGAAUUGGGUGUGAGAGUCCCAAAAAACUCAUUAACGCACCCCUACAUCACAUUAUGUCAUCUAGCAUUUAAAGGGACAGCAAUGGUAGUUUAUUUAUUAUGUGGCUGGUUCAAUGUUAGUUUUAUUGGUAGUUUUGUGACUGUAGUAUUAUUAUUAUCAAUGGAUUUUUGGACUGUAAAAAAUAUAACGGGAAGAUUAAUGGUGGGCCUUAGAUGGUGGAAUUAUGUUGAUGAGGAAGGGAAAUCUCACUGGGUCUUUGAAUCACAGCAGAAUAGGAUAAAUGAAAAAGAAGCUCGUAUAUUCUGGGUUGCUCUUAUUUUGACACCAAUAAUAUGGUUUCUCUUUUUUAUUGGCAAUCUUUUUGGUCUAGAUUUUAGAUGGUUGGUCUUAGUAACCAUAGCUUUGGUUUUAAGUGUUUCCAACCUUUACGGAUAUGUGAGGUGCAAGGUAGGAAGCAAGGAGAGCAUGUCUUCUUUAACAUCUGAUUUCCUACGAAAGCAAGUUUUACAAAAUGCCGUUUCUUUUGUAUCUGGAUCACCGAGAGAUACAAAUAAUUCCAGUCAACAGCCAACAAAUGUUAUUUAAAUAUUUUUAAAAAUCUCUGUGAGGAGUGUGUUGUGAAUGUUUUUUAUUUAUAUAUUUUUUUCUUUAAAACCAUUAUUUGUAUUAAUUGUAAAUAAACAUUUCUUUAUUUAA